GCGUGGUGAUCGCCUCAUGCUUCAGAUGUCGAGGAUGCGAUUGGCAACGGUCCAUCGAAACGCAGAAUAAGCUUGUUGGCGUCCGGGAUGGGACCUGGGCAGCCAGCCCUAACCUUGGAAGCGGGUUGGAACCUUGGAACGACUCUGCGGCAGGGGGAGUUCGUCCACACCUGGACAAUAGUCGGUUGCCCAAGUGGAUCGAGGGGCAGCGCCACGUUUCUCGUGCCAAACACCUCCUGGAGUUCAUCCCAUCUGCAACGCACAAGCCACGUGACGGCUCGCAGGGCUAUGGCGUCCCCUCGAGGCGACCAAAGCGCAGCUUUCAUCGUGUCCUGUCACCGAAGCAGGCUUUUCGAGGCACCCUUGCGCAUGACAUGCGCAGCGGAACAUCGCAGGACAUCACCCCAUGUGGGUCGAGCUAGCUUUUCGGCUGUUGUUUGGAGGGAGAGGCACUCAACUCGAUCCAGAAACUUCUGCUUCAUCCCAGCUUCACGGCCUACAGCACGCCCUGCGAUUGCCUCUAGCCCGGCAAAGAUGCGCAAGUUAGAAGACAAAGCGGCAAAGUGCUUUGAGAGCUGAGAGAGCUGCCUCCGUGCUGGAGAGCGUGUAUGGAAACAGACAUCGUCCCUCGCCUAUGUUGAGGUCACGAUGAAUUCUAUAAGAAGAGCCGUGUUUCCUCACGUUCAUCGUUUUGUUGGCAUCAUCUCAUCAAGCCUUCUUCACUACACUCUUCAGACACUCCAGCUUCUUUAGCAAUCAUCUCCUCAUCUUUACCACCAAAAGUCUUCUUCACCAAAACCCAUCCACCAAUCCACCAAAAUCAUUCACCAUGAAGUUCACUCUCACCACUCUUCUCCAGCUGGCUCUCUGCGCCACCGCCCUGGCUGCUCCCUCCCCCCAGGCCCCCGCUCCUCCCAAUGCCAACAUCCCUCCUUCUACCACCACUGACCUGACGGGUCAGAAGGGACCCGAUGGCAAGUUCACCGUCAAGCCCGCACCCGAGGACCAGACCUCCGAGGCGCUCCAGAAGCGUAUCGCCCCCGUCGUGGCCAUCGCCGGCAUCGCCGCGGUCAAGGGCCUCGCCAUCCUGACCAAGAUCGCGGUUGAGAUCGGCCAAGACACCAUCAAGAACCUCGGCAAGUGGAACGAUGCCCGCGAGGCCUUCACCAAGAAGACCACCGCCGAGAUGUGGGCCCGCAACCCGGACUACCAAAAGUACCCGGCCGCCAUCUGCUACAACAAGGGCUACAAGCUCAAGAACCCCGCUGGCAAGGACGGCCUUGUCUCGGCCAAGCUGGAGCUGGGCCAGCUUAACACUGACUAUGACUGCAUGUACAUGACUGCCAACAACCAGUUCUACACCGAGAGCGACGGCGGUUACAUCAACCUGAGCUACACCUAUAGCAACCGCUGCACCUUUGACUCCAACACCGGUGAUCUGACCUGUGGUGCUUAA